AUGUUAUUCGUAGCGUCUAUCACUUAUUGCUUUUCGGUGACCUCGUUAACUGAAGUGAUUGUUGAUGGCGAAACUUUGACUACCGCUGAUUUAUGGUUGACGGAUGGAAGAGCAGUGGUUGAAGUGGUUUUGAUGAAUAUGCCUGACGGUAGAGACUGGUCAACUCCCACGAAUUGUGAUGGUCCACCUGCAACACCGAUUCUUCCUUCUUCUGCAAGUUUACCACCCACUGUCUGUGUUUUUGAUGGCGAUGUAGAAAUAGUUCCGAUGGAUGUUAAUCAAAUCCCAACUGGUACUUUCUCUGCCAAUGCCCUUUUUGCCGCAGGUCCUGCAGAUAUCAGUCUCCGUCAGGUCUCCCUUGACCCAAUGCCUGACUACAUGUAUGACAAACUUGCUGAAGAAUGUCAGAUGCCUGAUGCGCAGCUAGAUGGUCCUCCUCGCCCAGGUGCAUUUUACGCUGCGUUGAUCAACGAUCGUUGGGAGCGUGUGCAGUGCGUGCGAGCUAGUAAAAUAGAUAAAGCCGCGUUCUGCGUAUAUCUCAUUGACGUAGGUGCCUUUCACUAUGCAAGAGCGGAUGUACUCAGAAGACUCAACAUCAAGACACCAUUCCGGAAAAUGCUCAUGUUUAAAUGCAAAGUUGCUCACAUCGUUCCCAUCGGUGGUCAAGACGUGUGGAGUCGCGAGUCGCAUGAAGCUGUACGCGAAUUUUUCGAGGCGGGGAUGGGCGAUACUGUUAUGGUCUCUCCCUUACCGAAUAGCCAUAGCCUGUGGAAACAAAUGAACGCACCAUCUGUUCCGCUAGUGACAGCUAGUAUCUCCUGUUGUGGACGUGAUCUCGCGGAUUGGCUAAUAUCUCGUUGUUUGGCGCUACCGGAAACAUCCUAA